AUGCACUCAGUAGCUUUGAACAGAAAGGAAGACGAAAUUAUUUCAAUGAAAAGGAGCUUGCAAAACAAGGAUACAGAAAUUAGAUCUCUUGAAUCAAAACUGAUUGAUGCUAAAAAAGCACAGAUAGCAAUACCAGAGACCAGCGAGUAUCAACGUUUGCAUGGAGAAACUGAGAAAUUGAAAAAAGAAAAAUCCACUUUGGAAAAAUUAUUGGAGGACAGUAGGAAAAGGUAUACACUUCAAGAUUCAAAAGACAAUGAGCAAUUGCAAGGAGAAUUGCAGAAUACUAGAACAGAAAACCAGUCCUAUCGGCAUCGCAUUUCAACGCUAGAACAAGAAAAUGCCAGUGCGGUGGCAAGAUAUGAAAGAGCUGAAAGUAAAAUAAGAAAUAUUCAAAGCGAAGUUCUCGGAAAACAGUCAGAAAUCCAAACUUUACAAGAACGCAUCAGGCACAAAGAAACAGAAAACAACACAUUGCAGCAGGACUUUUCAGAAAUUUUAAAGGAAAGAGAUAGAGCUUUGGAGAGAAAAGAUGACCUUGAGAAAGAAUUGUAUAAUAAGAAUCAAAAUUUACAAGAAAAUUUGAACCAGCUCCGGUCCGAGUUGACAAAAUGUCAAGAAGAGAAUGCCAGAUCAGCAAGUAAGAUAUAUGAGAAAACAGAUCACGAGCUUAAUAUUAAGAGAACCGAGGAACAGCGUUUGCUGAAAAGGAAUAGUCAGCUAGAAGGUGAAAAUAGCAAAUUAAGAGAGGGUAUUGAAGUUAUAUCUAAAGAGAAGAAUGAAGCUCUAACAAGAAUUCGCAAAGUUGAGGCCGAAUUGAAAAUAUCAAAUGUGGAGGUUCAACAGAAAAUGAAAGCAUUUCAAGAACUUCAAGAGCGCAUUUUGCAAAAGGAAGAAGAGACUAAGUUACUACAAAAGGAACUGUCAGAGAUUUCAAAAGGAAAAGAGAGAAAAAAUGAUUUUGAGCAAGAAAAUCGGCGUUUGCGAGAGGGUUAUAACAAACUUCAUGCUGAAAAUGAAAUCUUUGAAGAGAAGAUUACGUCAACAAGUAAGACAUUAGAGGAGACAGAAAAGCAGCUGAAAUCCAUGAAAUUAGAGACAUGUAAACUCCAAGACAGAGUGACACAACUAUCGACCGAAAAUAAUCAACUUAGAGAAGAUAUUGCUGAAGUGUCCAAAGAGAAAGAUAAUGCACUUACAAGGUUAAGUAAGGUGGCUGGUGCCAAGGUAACUCAUGGUAAUGCAGCGAUAACCGACCUUAGUGACACCAAUCGUCCAACAAAAAUAGCAGAGAAAUUCUCCGAGUUGUACGACAACCAGUGGACGGAUGCUUUUGAGGAACUUGACAAUACUUACAACAACGAAGAGGAAACUAUACAAGUCCUUCUUAAAAUUUUGAAGGAAGCAUAUGAUUUUUGUGUCCGCACAGAGAAAAAUUACGAAACAAGGAUAGGACAGGCAGUUUUUACAUUGGCUGACGAGAAAAGUAGAGAGACUCGUCAGAUCAUUGGUGCAGAUGUUCCAGUUCAAAAAGCCCUUACAGAUUUAAGGUUGUCUUUGGGUAAUGCAUGUUGUUUAAUUGUCGAAGAGAUGUUUUUGGCAAGACUACCUUCUUUUCUAAAGAAGGUGGACGUUUCUGUAUCCUCCAAGACAAAACUAUACGCUCGCCAGUGUGCAAGUCUGUGUUGGAGAAUGAGUAUUCGUGACCCUCCAAUAUUUGUCCGAUUCGAGUUCAGACGGGGAACAGAAUUUAACACAGACAUUUUGAGGCGAUACACAAAAACAGGGGGAUAUGUUGAUUUCAUUGUCUGGCCAGCAUUGUACUUGCACGAGAGCGGACCUGUCUUGUCAAAAGGAGUGGCACAACCAAAGCAUACCCCUUAAUUAUUCUUAUCCCGUCAAUUCCAUAUC